AAGGACAUAACUCUCGAUUUGGUUUCGUUUUCCUUAAAACAUGUUUUACGCAACAUGCUGGAAGUUGGCUAUUAGUUUGGGCGUUAUCUUUUCGACCUGCCUGACACAAGUCCACGGGGCAUAUACUCGCGAAAUUGUGAAUGACAAGCUGCCGUUGCAGGAGAGGCCUUCAUGGCUACAAACGUGCCCCCGUUCCAAUCCAAAUGAGGACAAUUGCUUUCGACAGCUUUUCGAGGGAUGCUUUCCGGCUCUGGCUGCUGGAAUCCCAGAGAUCGGUGUGAAGAGUUUCGAACCAUUAAAUAUUGACCAGGUUUCGGUGUCGAAGGGGAGUGGCAACCUGGUGCUAUCCGGAGGAUUUCUAGACCUGGUCAUCCGUGGACCAUCAAAUGCGACUGUUCGUCGAGCAAGCUUGGAUCUGAAGCGGCGUCUGCUGAACUUUGAGCUGGAGCUCCCAAGGCUCAGAAUCCGGGCCAAGUACAACCUGAAGGGAAAUAUCCUGCUGCUGCCACUUAUCGGCAGUGGAGAUGUGGCCAUGGCACUGAAGAACGUACACACCACGGUGUACACUAGGAUCUCCCUGAGAAACGAGACCCGCACCGGGGACGAGAUCAUCCACAUCGAUGAAAUGAAGGUGGGCUUCGACGUUGGGGCCAUGCGAAUCCACCUUAAGAAUCUCUUCAACGGGAACGACAUCCUGGCGGCCUCAAUCAACUCGUUCCUCAAUCAGAACGGCAAAGAUGUUAUAGCAGAACUGCGUCCAGAUUUGGAACUGGGAUUGGCCGAUAUCUUCCAUGGCCUUUGGAACAACGUCUUCUCCAAGAUGCCCACCAAACUUUGGCUGGUUUAG